AGGGUUUGGUGGUGCCCAAGCCGAAAAUGCGCCAUAAGAUAAGUUGUGCCUCACGUGCUGUUGUACGCUGAGUACUUCUUCAACUUUUGUUUCUACCUCGGAAAGCAUCCUUGGCCAUCCUGCAGCGGAAAUCGGACGUGACCAGCGCAGAACUGGGCAAGCCUCACAAAUAUUAGUGGAGCUGCAACAAUCCUGGCCUGACCGAAGCGCCUGAUGCGAACGCUUUUUCAAGCAACACCAACCACGACGAUAUGGCGCAACAAUUCCUUGCAGACCGCAAUGGCUGGCUGUCGUUCAGGAGUAGCACGCCGCUGCUCUACGUUACCGCUGAAGAUGCCGAGUUUGAUAUCCACACCAUGAAGGCGUGGCGCGAUGAGGGUUUUAUCGUCGAAUACAUCCCCAUGGGCAAUGGCGGGAAGCAAUAUGUGCAGACGCUUCAUAAGUUGGGUGAGAACAUGAGUAUUGGAGAGCGUUACGCUAUCGUAGCUUUUGGAGACGCAGCGGCUGUGUGCUUAGACGUCUUUUCGGAGCCCAGAGCCGCGACCUCGAAACUCUGUUCCCUCAUCGCUUACUACCCGACUUCGAUUCCCGAUACGCGACAUCGCUUCACCUCCUCUUUUCGCGUCCUCGUACACCUCGCAGAGGGCGCAUCCGGAAAUGAGUGCACUGUAGGCGUGGUGCGCCGUCCGGAAGUCCUCGGCAUCCAGGGCAAGCGGAAAACCGUGCAGAAGCGCGUCACACCUGGCAUUGGCGUUGGAGGUUUGCAGGACAAGAUUUUAUAUCCUUGUUUCACGUACGAAGGUGUAGACGCCGGAUUUGCCGAACACGAUUUGCCCGAAUAUGACGCCGUCGCUGAUGCGCUCGCAUGGAGCCGGAGUUUGAGCACAGUAAGAAAAGGCUUCAGCGCUGAAGUUGACUUGGAACGAGUACUGGAACAGAACGAAGAGCAAAAAUUCCAUGGCAAGGCAGUCGAUAAGCUGUUAGAAACAUAUACUCGAAGCCCAAGGCCCUCUGUAAACUUUACCCCAACGAUGACGGGCGGCAUCGGUGCGUCUGACCUCAAACGCUUCUACCGUGACUACUUCCUGAGAAGCUGUCCGCCAUCCCUCCACAUGCGCCUCAUUUCGCGCACUAUAGGCGUCGACCGUAUUGUCGACGAGAUCUACUUUAAUUUCAAACACACUUGCCAGAUGCCCUGGAUCCUACCGGGCGUCCCUCCUACAAACGAAAAAGUCGAAAUUGUCGUCAUAAGCAUUGUUGGCUUCCGUGCUGGCAAGAUCUGGAGCGAGAGGCUAUAUUGGGACCAGGCUAGUGUGCUGUUCCAAGUUGGAUUGCUGGAUCCAGAAGAAGUCCCGAAGGAUUUCAAGGGCAAGACUAAGGGAGGUGACGAUGAUGAAGAUGAAGAUGGCGAGGGAGGCCUUGAGAUGCUGCCUGUUAGUGGGAGCGAGGCAGCGAGAAAGGUUAUGGAUGUUGAGAGUGAGGAGUUUAAUGAUAUGAUAGAUGAUUGGUAGGCGUUCUAGAGGAUCGAGGGAAGAGGAAGAGUGGAGAUGUAUCGAAUCUUCUGUUCAUAUGUUCGCUUCUUUUGCUUUGCCAUUGCCCUUACUUAUGUUUUAAAUAACUUUGAAAUAAUUGGAAUACUCCCUAG